AUGCAACGUCAAGGAUCCUCCAGAGGCAGCAGUCAGCGGACAUCAGCAGCGACAAGAGUAAGCCAGGCUAAGAAUGCAAGACUAGCCCUUCUAGAGGGCGGCGCCAGCGAUUCCACGGCUCGUGGGAGACCUCGGCAACCCGAGGAGGGGAUAUCCCAGGGCUUUGGAUUGCAACCACUACUAGAUGUUGAUACUCGGAAACACCCAGACGGCGGGGAUCACGAAUCCUGGUCAAACCUCAACAAUACAUUCAAUUCACUCUGUGAGGGCGUGCGACCAGACAGGAAGCCAAAAAACAUCUGGCUGCUUGCUGCCAUUGCCAUCCACUUAUGUGCAAAUAGGACGGAGAGGUGCCUGCCCGCACUCUACGAGACGGCCAUCGACUCCUUUGAUAUCGACGUUCGAAUGCGGGGCUCCCGAGCCACACCCGAAUCUUAA